CACACUUUGACAUUUGGUGAAAACAAAAAAUUUCUAUACAUGCUAUAUACGGUUUUGGGCAAUGAACAGUCGUUAGAAAACCAAAGAAUCACACACAAUUUCAUCAUAUUAGAUAAAUAGCAGAGAAAUCAGUGGCAACGCAUGAAUUUUUCAUGGAAUUAAAACCAUCAACGUUGGCAAUAAUUAUUCAUCGAAUUUUCGACAAAUUGGACACGAAAUAUUCGUUAGUGCAUCUAACCCACAUUGAUGACACCGAUCUCCUUGAAUUGAAAGGCAUUUUUGGCACACGACUCACCGAAGCACUGGAAAUAAUUGAUCGUGAACAAAUUACGAUUUACCGGAGUGCCAAAAGUCAUCGCGAGUACUUUGAAAUCUCCGAGGAUCAGAAUACCGUUUACAAAGUAUUGCCCAACAUCAACUAUUGUAUGUGCACGGGUUUUCAGGAGAAGGUCAUCCAUACGAACGAACAGUACACGUGCAAACACGUAUUAGCCGCUCGUAUAGCGGGUCUCAUUGGCAAAGUGAAAACAGAGACGGUAGCCAAUGAUGUGUUUACAUUUUCACUGCAGUUGAUUCAAGCAACGUCACUCGAACCGGCCGCCAACGAAUAGAUGCAGCAUUCCAAAGUACUACACGAAAAGGGUUUGAUUCGAUCGAAAAGUAUGCUGACACAAUCUGGCAUGUCACAGUUCAUAUUCCUUGCGAAAUUAGAUAAUAUUAAGACAUUUUACACGGCACUGAAGGCAAUCAAUUUCCAUGAUGAUGCUACCAUUAUCAUUUCGUCCGAUGGUUUUAAGGCAAUUGUCGAGGAAUCAAAGUAUGUACAAGCAUCGAUGUAUGUGACACGGGCUUGUUUUUCGGAUUUUCAACUGCGCGCCGAUGAAGACCUAUCGGUUCGAAUUAAUUUGUCCGUGUUCACCGAUUGCCUGAGCAUUUUUGCCAAUCCAGAUUGCAGCAUGAAAAUUAUGUACAAAGGUGCAUCGGCCCCGUUAGUUUUAGUGCUGGAACAACACGAUGGUGAUGACCUUAUCACCGAAGUGUCGAUCAAAACCAAAAAUGGUGAGGAGCAUAUGGAUUACAAUAUCGAUGAGGACGAUGAAUAUUACAACUCAUUAAUUGUACGUGGCCCAGAUUUUUCACAUCUUUUCAACGAUAUUCACAAAGCAACUGAAGAGCUGGAAAUUACCAUUGCACCCAAGUCACCGUAUUUUGCCAUUGAAUCACUGGGACAGCUUCAUGAUGAGGUCAAAGUUGAAAUUGCCAAAUCCAGUGACAUGUUCAUCAGCUACUACUGCGGCAAAGAAUCAAAAGCACGCUACAAAAUGACACACAUUCGAUUGACUCUCAAAGCAUUGUCAAUUGCUAGCAAAGUUGCAUUACGCACAGAUCGUACUGGUUUGCUUGGGCUUCAGAUUAUGGUGGUGUCGGAUGGUGAUUCGCAAAUUUAUAUCGAAUAUUUUAUUACGCCGCUCAUUGAUGAAUUAGAAUAAAAGAAAAUAGUCGAAUUUUGUAAUUAAUAAUUUUUAAUUAAAAUAGAACAGUUUCAUAUCGUAA